AUGUUAUUUGUUUUUUUUUUGGAAAAAAUUAAAGAAAAUAUCAUUAAUAAAUUUUAUAUUUUGUGACGGGUUUUGAAAAUUGUAUUUUUUUUAAGAUUUUUAACCCAAUUAUACUAUUUUGCUUACCAAAGUUUGUCCAACUCCUCAGAGAGAUUUUCACUCCAGGCAAACUUACUUCACGGGCUAUACUAGGUGAUUAAUUCCUUUUGUACGACGAGAGUUAUAAUGAUUUUUACGAAUACGUCUUCCGAAAUGUACGCUCUCGCGGGUGAUACCCGCAUUUCGCGAGACGAUACGCCACACUGUUCGCGGAGCUUUUACGAGUCAUCAUCGCUACCGAUGUUCGCCGAUUCUCUUCCUAAAACUGAAGAAGUACCUAGGGAUCCCAAGAAAAAGAGUAAAAGGGACAAAUCCAAAACUAAUAAAGCAUUUGACGCGCCCAACAAACGCUCUUACGUCAGGUCUAAAACUGGCACACCAAGGGCGCAGCUCUCUAUCUCAUCCUCUCAAAGUCAAAAUAACCCAAACGAAUAUACCGAUAUUUAUCUGGAUUCCAUUUGUGAUUUUGAUUACCAUAAAUUGACGACCAAUACCUUUAUCCCCUACCCAAAAAAUUGCGACAAUCUGGAGGCCUGCGAAAGGAUAAAAAUCGACAACGAAAAUAACGCCUCAAUGCGCGAAUCUAACUCGCGUAUUAUAGGUAUCAACGACGAUAACAACGAUAAAUGGUACAACGAAUUGAAAACGAGUACGGACGAAUUUAACGCGGUAUUCGUAAACCAAAGACAGAGCGCCAACGCCAGGGAGAGGAGCAGGACUUUCCACGUCAACACGGCUUUCCACGCUCUCAGAACGCUGAUCCCCACGAAGCCGGCCAAUCGUAAAUUAUCCAAAAUCGAAACGCUCCAUUUGGCCAUAAGCUACAUCUCCCAUCUCAGUACCCUAUUGGUACAGGACGCGUCUUCCUAUUUCGACGAUAACGAUGACAUGGACAUCAGUAGUUUGAACGAUUUGGGGACGGAUUACCUACUCAUUUCCCCAAUCGGUGGACAGGGAGGCGGUGGCGCGUUAAACGAGGGAAGCGCUAAAGGAUUUGUCGACAACGUUCACCAGUUAUCGGAACAAAAUUAUAUUCAAAAUGUCGACUCCCGCGAAAACGCCAUAAUCGGCCCCAGCAGCGACAUUAAUCCCGAGAUUGUCGAUUUUAAAAUAAUCGACCACAGUUCCGGUUUAAAUAUCGAUCACGUGAUAACCAAUCCUCCCAGGGGACGCAUUUCUAAGAAAGUCGCGCUGAGAAGUCGGAAGGACUACAGGUACUGCACCUUUUGCGCUUUCAACAAUUUGCUCGCCAUCUCCUCUUAAUUUAAUAAUACGCCAAUACUAUUAUUCCUAUUAAAUUUAUAUUAUUUAUAAAAUCAAAUAAUUACAUUGAAUGCUUGAUAUAAUUAUUUCU